UUUUUUAGAAUGUUCGAAUUUUGGUCUCAAGUAAUAUGCAGUGAAAAUUGCAUAGUUAGAAAUGGUAUGAAUUAUAUGAAUGAGAAACUGUAGUAAAAACUUGAGCUAUUGUAUUAAAGGAAAAUUGUAUUACAUUGGUUUAGGAUACAUUAGGUAUGAACAACCAGUCUGUUUUAAAAUUUGAGGACCUUGUACAAUGUAACAGGAAGUGACAUUCAGAUUUAUGACCUUUGUAUGUAUCAUAGUACAUACUGUCUGUACGUGUUGUAAUACUCCGCAGGGAAUUCAGUGUAAGGAAAUAUCACGCUCCUGUGAAACACGGCUUCCUUCGAUAAAAUCUAGUGCAUUAUUCAUGUAUGUGAUAAAAAAAUCUCUGACCAGGGCUAGAUGACCAUAUUUUAAACCAAUUGUAAGUAUUUAAGAAAAUUAAAAAAAAAAUAAACUAAUACUUCAAAAACAAAUUUCAAAAAUGAAAUGCCGAGUACUUGCAUGUCUAAAUCAUCAUAUUGACCGUAGACAAACUGCGAUAUGACCUUCAUAUGGGAAAAUAUAGUAUUUGGAACCAAUGCUAAAAAUGUAUUUUUCCCUUGAAGUGUGUAACAAAGACCUGGGGUUUUUGCUCUUUCAAUCAUAAUAUGAAACUUCAUCAAUAGCAAGUCGCUCCCUACUCUAAUGAAUUAUAUAUUCAAAAUAUCAAUGCAAAAUACUGAUAUAUAUGUAUUUGAAAUAAAGUAAUACAUAUCAUGAUGAGUAAGAGUUUAAUGAUAUGAUUUUUGUUAUUGAGGGGGCUAUCUCAGUGCAUAAAGUUCGUUACUCAUAUCAUUAAAAGCUGUUAUUUAUACUUCACAUACACCCUUUAAAAUAUCCAUGAAGCGUUGGAAAAUCUACAAUGAACUUAUCCACCCUUUGACGCUCUUCUUUAAAUUUGUAUUUCACUACCUUGCUGCCUUCGAUUAACACACGUUCAUUACACAUGGGCUCUGCAGAUCUACCGUUGAUCAAUCGACCCGAACAAUCCCAGGUGGGUCAUUCGACACCCGCGUCUCCCUUCACCCCGUGUUAUUGCCUCCCUCCAGCAGACUUGAUGGCCCUUUCAAUAAUUUACGUGUACAUUACAUUUAUAUGAUUUCACUGAUUUCAUAAGGUCUGUGUCUUGUGUCUCGUAAGCAAUUUGGGCUGUACCUAUAUUCACUAUUCUCUGCCGCAGCGGUAGUCGAUUUUAGCGUGUUAGGAAAUAUCCUAGUUCUAGUUUCUGGAAACAUCCUAGUUCUAGUUUUUGGAAACAAAGUCUAUCACAAUGGUUAAUUGGCUAAUCAUUUGUUGGAUUUUACCUGUCAUUUCUUGCGCAACACUACAGGAUGCCGAGAAUCUUUUACAGACUCUGAAGAACCGUAGUGAAUACGACAGACACAUCACUCCUCUUUUAGACCAGAGCCAAACUCUGGAGGUCAACAUCACCCUGGCUGUCUCCGCCAGCGACAUCGAAUUCAUAGAGGUGGAAAACAAAGUCAAAAUCCGCGCGGAUGUCGUCACAGAAUGGAAGGACGAAACGCUGCAUUGGAACUCCUCGGACUAUGGAAACCUCGACCAGCUGCAGAUACAGGGUGACUGGAUUUGGCGCCCAAGCACGCUGAUAAGGAUUCCAAUGAAAGAUUCGAAGAUGGAUCAAACUCUGGAAGGAGAUAGCGAGGAACUAGAGAUGAUACUCAAUAGAGAUGGAAGAAUAUUUCGUCAAGCUUCUUUGAAUCUAUUCCUCUUCUGUUCCAUUGAUACAACUAACUUUCCAUUUGACAAGCAAUCGUUCUCCUUUACUCUGUCAAUGUCUACGCUUGGACCUAACCUCAAAUACUCCAACAUGUCUGCAUGCACGUACAUAGAACACGACAAUGGGAAUCCUAAAUGGACGAACCUGCAAGUCAGCUACGAACUCGUGUAUGAAGGGUCUGAUUUAAUGUGUAUUGUCAGCAUGAAGAGAAAACCACUCUUCUUCGUUAUAAACAUCAUUCUCCCGGUGGUGUUUCUGGGGUAUUUGGAGGUCCUCGUGUUCGUUAUUCCAGCUGACGCCGGAGAGAAGUUGUCGUAUGCCGUGGCUCUGCUUCUGUCGUACAGUGUUUUUAUCAGUUUUGUCUCUGACAACAUCCCUGAAGACUCUGACAAUGUCUCUGAUAUGUUUCAUUACAUCAUCAUCCAGUUCUUUCUGGGCUCUCUCAUCAUAUUCUGUACAACAUUACAGUUACGACUGUACCAUCGCGAUGACGAGAAGGAUAUUCCAGUAUUGUAUAAAAAGAUAGUGAAAUUUGUGAACAUCCUUAUGUGCAGGUCUCAAGUUUGCGCUGGAAGUAAAAUAGAGAGUUCCACGGAAGAACAUCAAGGAGAUGCACUUCCGGUUCAGGCAAAACAAGCACCUGCAAAAUAUAAGAAGACAACUCGCGUGAUGAGACGAAGUAAAACUAGGAAGAACCUCGCGGUGGUAGGUGACCGUUCAGUGACGUCAGAUACUGUCGGUGCAGGCGUAGUAAAACUCACUUGGCACAAUGUGUCGUCCGCCAUAGACUUUAUGCUGUUCUGGGUGUUCAUGGUGGCCCAGAUAGUUCUGAACCUAUGGUUCUUCUAUCCGGCCUACAGGGCUUGAACAUGUUCUCACUAGACAGGACGUUUGAUAUGGAUAAAAUAACAUGUCCAUCAUG